AAAUUUUAAAAUAGGCAGGCAGAGAGGAAAAGAAAUGGAUAUCAAAUACAAAAAUAGAAGUUUGGAAUUUUAAAAGACAAAACAAACGGAGUGAGUCAUUGUGCAAGACUGCAGUCACGAGGCAAACAGUCACUUGCGAUUUGUCAUUGCAUAAAAUACUUUUAAUAUAAAUUUAGAAAUGAUUUACAUUUUUUUCUUCUAAAAACAUUACACGUGUACGUAGCAACGAACCUUAACACUAAAAAAAAAAUGACGAGAAGAUCCGGUAUUCCCGAAUACCGCAGACAAAGCUUUACAGAGGGUUUUUAUUUCUAUUUUUAGUUUUUGCGGGCUUUCGUUUUCUUACCUUUACACCGACACGCUGCUUUGGCCCGUCCUCAACUAAAGGGAUUAAAAGAACAGAAUAUAAUGGGCGGUGUACUUAUCUGGAGACACUUUUGACAACCCAAAACCUCAAGUGAUUGUAUGUUAGUGUGAAGAAACAGCUGAUUUUGUGGGCGGUAUAGAGUUUAAUGUAUCCCUCACCUGGAAACUAACGUCCACAUUUGGACAUUAAAGAUUUGAAAACCCCCUGCCAAGCGAUAGAAAAACAGCCAUCUACCCUACAGCGACUCCUUUGAGAAGAAGAAAUUCCUGACGUCCAGAUAAAAACUUUAUUUCACCAAGAUCCCAGAUUUUGUUGUCGGUAGCGACCUAAUGCGACAUUUUAUUCUCGGGUUACGUUGAAUAGUUCAACUGUUGAUUUGUCAGCGGGGAAACCUUUUUAUCGUGGUUGGACAUCACAGAGCAAUAUAAACCUGUGGAAUUCUGAGCCAGAGGGCUCCUUGCUGGGUUUAUCAACGGUUUCACGUUUGGCUGCGGGCAUCAUGUAUAAAGUUCGGAGUAAAAUGAAAGCAGCGACCAUGAACUUGAGGAUCAACGUGCUAGGAGCCCGUGGUGUGGGCAAAUCUGGACGACUGCCAGGCUUCCUGCCAUGACGUGUAUGACGCAGACGCCUUCGUGGUUGUGUACAGCGUCACAGACACCGACAGCUUCGCUGAGGCCCGCAGACAACUCGACAACAUCCGGUCACAGAGCCAGGCAUGUGCACCGGUGCUGCUGAUGGGCAACAAGCUGGACCUUGAUCAUGCUCGGAAGGUGUUCCCGAGCGAGGUGGAGCAGGUUGCAGAAGAGAACUCGUGUCAGCACACAGAGGUCUCCGCCGCUGAAUGUCACGUGCUAAUCGUCAACAGCCUACACUCCCUCAUCGCCGACACCGUCAGCGCACUACGUCACAGGGGGCGGAGCGUCAAGAGGAGGCGGAGCCUAUUUGAGAACGUGUCACGCAAACUUGGCAGUGUGUUCAGAAGAAAGAGUUUCGACGAUUCAUCCCCCACGAUGAAGAAGAAGAUCUUGAGGUUCGCUCACAACAACAGACAUUCGGUCUGACAAUGAAUGGAGGAUUCGUCAUUCUACACCACAUUCACACGACAGACAGUCACGUGACAUUCCAUUUUUUUUAUCCUUCGAGGAAAA